UUUUGAACCAUUUGAACACCUUAAAAACAAGCGAACCAGGAGAAACACAUACUUUUGAGCAUGGCUCAUGGCGUCUUCUGUUGAUAUAUUCAAAACGAGUUUGAACCUCCACAGUGUUACAAACUGCAAGGAAUAAUAUAGGUCGAUAGACCUCCUAUCCUUAUUACUGAAGACUGAAUCAUUUAAUCCAGAUCGGAAUUUGUAGGUCAUACGCGCGAUGAUUUGAGAUCAUGACGAAGGUCUAUAUUCUGUAUGAGCACGCGUUAGGAUAUGCACUGUUCCGAGUUAAAGUCAAAUCAUCAGAAACUUCAGAUGCCGUUGCUGCGUUACAACAGUUAGCUGCAGAUCUGUUAAACGAUGAAGAAGAGUUUAUGAAAUGUUUUAAACUGCACGCAUUUGUGCCUUUCUCCUCCUCAGCUAGUGCUCUACAAAAUUGUAAUGGGAUAUCAGAAGGUGUUGUUCCACAGGAACUUAAAACAUUCAUAGAGGAGAAUUUACCUGCUUCCGAUGUUUUGCUGUGCGUCUCAGACCGGAAACUUGCUGAAUCUCUUAAAGCGCCUGAAGUUGGAUUGCCUGAAACUAUUGCAUGUUCAUCUGAAUCCAUUCUUCACGAAGUCUUUCGGGCUCUCCGAUUUUACUUCCCUAAAUACAUCAAAGAAUUUUCGCAUUUCGAUGAAUCAAAAGCUCAAAUAGGUUUGGGUCAUAGUUACUCUAGAGCCAAAGUGAAAUUUAAUAUAUACAGAAACGACAAUAUGAUUAUUCAGUCCAUAAAUUUACUAGACCAAUUAGAUAAAGAUGUGAAUAACUUUUGCAUGCGUGUCAAAGAAUGGUUCUCUUAUCAUUUCCCAGAAUUGUCAAAAAUUGUUCCUGACAAUCCAACUUUUGUUAAAGUAGUCGGUCUUAUUCGUACCCGAGCUGGUGCAACAGAAGAAAAUCUUGAAGCAUUGGAGGCUUUAACUAAUAGUCAAGUUGCUUCAGAUAUCAUUGAAUCUGCUAAAUCAUCCGUUGGCUUUGAUAUUACGGAUGAUGAUGCUGAAAAUUUGGCAACAUUCACUGAAAAAAUUAAUGCAUUAAUUGAACGUAGAAGACUAACACAAGAGUAUUUAGCGAAGAAACUUGCUGGUGUUGCUCCAAACUUGAGCACAAUGAUUGGGGACAGAGUAAGUGCAAGGCUAAUUGCUCAUGCGGGAUCCCUUACGAACUUGGCUAAAUUCCCUGCCUCGACAAUUCAGAUAUUAGGGGCGGAAAAAGCGUUAUUCAGAGCAUUACGAACUCGUGGUGCUACACCAAAGUAUGGAUUGAUUUAUCAUAGUCAAUUUAUCACUCGUGCUGCGCGAGAAAAUAAGGGGAAGAUCUCUAGAUUUUUGGCUGCUAAAUGUGCUAUAGCCUCUCGAAUCGACUGCUUUAGUGAAGUGCUUUGUGAUAUCUAUGGAAAACAUUUGAAGCAACAAAUUGAGGAUAGAUUGAAUUAUUUUGAGACUGGCACUACGCCCCCUACAAAUGCUGAAGCUAUGGCGCGCGCGAUUGCUGAGGUUAGUGUACUAGUCUUUAAUUAUUUAUUCAACUGUUAGUUAAUCUUACCUCCGUUGAUGUAGCAAACAGAAAGUUUACUUUAAGCACGUUGAUCAAGCGUUACUCAUUUAUUUACUUACUAAAUUUCGUAGAAUAUAAACUUUUAGUUUCACGCAUUAAUCCAUAAAAAAUUCUAAGGAUCAUCAACAAAAUGAAAAUGUCCGUACUGCUGAAUAAUCCAUUUUGCUCGACGUGUUUCUUUCUACAGUUGCCGGAAUAACUGUCCAACUCUAAAAGUUUGGUUAGCUUCUACCAACCUGUAUCACCUAUGGCGUAGGCAAGUUGUCUGUCUGCAUAUUAAAAGACGACUACACUGAUCAGCAGUUCGUUCUGUCCUACUUUUCUGUUGUGAAACGUAACUUUUAAAAGUUGACGUAGCUCAGAAUCGGUGAAAGUGGGUCAGAAUAGUUCAGUGAAUAAAUAUAUUCAACGAAUGAAGAAAAAAGCUAUCAAAACACUGAAUAAAAGAGAUUCAGAUGGUCAAGAAGAAGAAGAAGAAGCAGCAGCUGUCACAACACUUGAAACACCUAUAUUAGAUAGUAAGAAGAAACGUAAGAAAAAGCGUAAUUUAAUAAAUGGGAACAUCACUACCACUACUACUACUGUUGUGGAUGGUGUUUCUAAUGAUCCGAAUGAAAUAGUGAAUCAUGAUGAAGGAGAAUUAGAUCAACAACAACAACAACAACAACAACAAACAACUGAAAUGAAUCAACAUCAACUGCUAAAUGAUGAUAAAGAAGAGAAAAGUACAACAAUGAAGAAAAAGAAGAAACGUCAUCAUUCAGAAUCGAUUGAUCUUGUUGAAAAUUCAAUGUUAACAAAUGGUGAUCAUAUUUGUGUAGAAACACCAAUAUUAUCUAAACGUAAACGAUCCGCUUCUGAAUCCAGUAUACUAUUAGAGGAUAUAAAAUCGGAUAGUUUAAAAAAGAAGAAAAGAAAAAAACAUCCUAUAUGAUGUGAUUGAAUUAAUUUACAUUUAGCUGUGUCAAAGACAAUCAGCUCAAUUUUUGACUAUUUAUUGUAAAUAGUAACAUUAUUGGUUAUUUUUUUGGUUGUUGUUGUUGUGGAAUACAAAAUGUAUUAUG